AUGGAGGACUCAUUAAAUGGAGAUGAGAAAGAUUUCAUUGGCCCCAAACUAAAAGCUGUAUGGAAUCAAGUAUCAAGACCAUUCACAAGCUGUCCUGACCCCGUAGUUUAUGACGAUCUUGAUGAAUAUGACUUCAGCUACCCUUCACGUGGCGUUGCAGUGAUUAUCAACAACGUGACGUUUGAGAACAAGUCGCCCCGGGAAGGUGCCGAUGUUGAUGGAAGUAAUCUGACGCAGGUCUUCAGUCAGUUUGGAUUUACUGACAUAAGAUAUCAUCAAGACUUAACUGCAGCCAGAAUUACAGAUGUUUUCUACAAGAUCUCCAAGGAGAAUUACAAGAAAGCCGAUUGUUUUGUCUGUGCAGUCUCGUCACAUGGAGAUGAAUAUUUCUUCGAUCCAGAUGAAAACAAUCGUAAGAGAAGGGAAGAAUUCAUACUGGGGACAGACUACAGGCCCGUGCUGACUCGCAACAUACUUGAGAUGUUUAAUGACAAGAACUGCCCCACGCUAAAAGGAAAACCGCGGAUAUUUUUUAUACAGGUAUGCUUCUGA